CGGAUUUCAUCGAUGUUAAUGGGUUAUGUGUUUUCUUUUUAAUUUCUUACCCCCGUGCAGAUUAGACCCAAUAAGAGUAACACCAGAACAAAUCUCCUAGAUGGUUCGCCUGUGUUGAAGCUCACCUCAGAAAGCGUGGCUCAAGACGAGGAGUUAUUUUUGCCGGGAUCAGUGCUACACUCCCUGCCACCUUUAAGGAGACCAAAUGGAACGUUGCUGCACAAUGGAUUUAAUGAUGACUUAGCACUGACCGCCACUAGUUUGAUGAAAAGGAAUGUGCCGCUGCAUGAAAUUAGAGAAAGACCAAAGUCUGCAGACAUUCUGCAGGAGCUUUUGGUUCAAGGGAUCAUCCCAAACCAGACCCCUCCUGAGGGACUGCGGGAGGCACACAAUUCUCUGAUGAUGUCAGCUGACAAAUUUUUAAAGAAGUUCCCAGUGAGACUGGAUAAACUAAGGAAAGAAACACUGAAACAGAAGAAUGUAACAAUAGAGGACAUUGAAAACAACAUGAUAUCCGCAGAGGAAAGGAAAAAGCUGAAGGAAAUCAAGGUAAAUGAAAGACAGAACACUUUUAAAACUCCAGUACAAGACAUCCAAGAUUCAAAUGCUGAACUGCUUUGUGCAGAUGAUAACGCAGCGUUGGAAGAAAUUGUUGACGAAAUACUCACCACCCAGCACAAACUCCUACAAGAGGAACAGGAGGCAUCAAUGCAAAGGGAAGAAAAAAAUGACCAGGUCAUAAACACUACACAAUACCAACAGAAAAAUGAGGAUAAACCACAGGACAAUUGUGAUAUUGUUGAUUUAGAUUCAGAAGUUAACUAUAAUUUGGCACUAAAGACAGCUGAAGUAUUGUAAACAAUCAAAUUCAAAUUAGUUCUGCAAAUCGUAUAUGAAUUGUCUUAGGAUUUAUUUUCAGUUAUUUUAUGCAGCUGUCUCUUAUUGACAUUUAUAUAAAUGCAUUGUGCUUAUAAUUGCCAAAGUCUUUCAA